AUGAAGGGUUCUUUCGACUCUAGUCACAAUGGAUUUGUUAAAGUUACAUCCUUCAAGAUAAAACAUGUCGAAUUGUCCGAGUAUUUGUCACUCUCAACAGGACUCCGUGUGUUUUUUAUGCAAUAUGAAACACCGAUAGUAAACACAUAUAUAGUAAUACCAACAAGAGAAGAAACGGACCAAGGUUUACCGCACACCUUGGAACAUUUGAUAUUCCUAGGAAGCGAAAAUCACCCGUUCAGAGGAAUCCUGGACAUGGUAUCCAUGAAGUCACUAUCCUCAGGAACAAAUGCAUGGACGGCAACAGACCAUACGGCAUACACACUGUCUACGGCAGGAAUAGAUGGGACCAUGCAGAUGCUGCCAAUAUACCUGGACCACGUACUGAAACCUUUGUUGACUGAAAUAGCUUUCAUGACGGAUGUACACCAUGUUACGUCAGAUGGGUCAAGCUCAGGAGUCGUUUACUCAGAAAUGAAAUCAAGAGAAAACCAUUCAGACGAAUUGAUGUUUUUCGAAGUUUUGGAUAAGCUGUAUCCAGGAGAUUCAGGCUAUAAAAGAAACACAGGAGGGAAACUUAGUGCUUUGAGAUCAACAAAUAUCGAUCGAGUGAAGGAAUAUCACAAAACAUACUAUAAAUGGAGUAACCUUUCAGUGGUUGUUUGCGGAGACAUACCAGAUCCACAAUCGGUUUUAUCGCUCUUAAAUGAACAGCAAAAGUUAAUUAGUGAAACAACAAAUGAGGAAAUUUUUGGUGACGAAAGAUUGAGUAAAAAGAUUAAAACCGAUGAUGAUUUAAAAGAGUUCUAUGAAAACAGAUUUUUGGUAUGGAAUGACGAAAAGCAUGUUCAGAAGUUAGAAAAAAGCAUAGUUAGUACGAUCUACUUCCCAUGUGAAGAAGAGGAGUGUGGAACAUUUACAAUGUCCUGGAGAGGACCUAGAUGGGAGGACUUUGAGUUGAUUCGAGCCAUUUCAGUGAUGGGAUCAUAUCUGGUGGAUUCGACAGCAUCACCGCUGGAAAAAGCAUUGAUACAUACAGAUAACCCGUAUGGAAGUUGUGUGGAUUUCUCAAUGGAGCUUUUUAAAGAAACGUAUUUUCAACUAACAGUGAAGGAUGUGCCAUUGGUCAAAAACGUUAAAGUUGGUACCGAAGAUAAAAUGGAAUUGCUUGGAGAUAAGGUGAAGUCAUUAUUGCAAAACAUAUAUAGGGAGGAAUUUGAUAUGGAAAGAAUGAAGAUGCUGAUUAAAAGAUGCUAUCACAAUUAUUUGAGACAAAUCGAAACGUGUGCACACGAAACCUUGAUAGAUAACGUUAUAGGAUAUAUAAUAUACGGAAACAAGAGAGAACAGCUGGAAAAAAUCAUAGCUGAUCAUGAUAUAGUUAAAAUUUUGUUAGAAAAGGAUGAAAAAUAUUGGAAAGAAUUAUUAAUGAAGUAUUUUAUAGAGCCACCCUCAGUGAUAGUAAAGUGCAUGCCAAGCUUGGAAAGGUCAAAAGUGAUAGAACGAGAAGAAAAGGAAUUAAUGAAACAACAAUUGAAGAAAUAUGGUAAAGAGAAACUUAGGAAAAAUAAGGAAAUGGUGGAUGAAGAUUUGAAGAAAAAUAAUAAUGGACCACCAGUGGAUAUAAUAGAACAGUACAAACAAUGUGAUUCAAGACUAAUCAAACUCCCAACGUAUCCAUUAUAUAGGAACUUCCACUUCAAACCCCAAGAUAAUAUUGAUAAAUAUGAUGAAAACCUGAAAAAUAAGGUUAAUGAUGAAGUAAAACAUGAGUUUGACGAGGAUAAGAAGAAGAAAACCAAAGAGUUGUAUAGUUAUAAUGAUCAACUGAAUAGAAUAAAGUACCCGAUACAAGUCAAUAACAUCCCAAGUGAUUUUGUACGUAUGUACAUUAUAUUUUCAACAUGUAAACUAGAUCUAAGCAUAAAGGAGAAGAAACUUAUGCUCCUAUUAUGUGUGCUACUAUUCGAAUCUGACGUAAGGUUCGGAGAUUACCUAAUGAAGUCAGAAGAGUUAAUAAAGACUCUGAUGGAAAACACUACAUCAUAUGGCUGUAAUUUGGGUCUGAGCAGUUCCUCAGUACUUCCAGACUCAUACUCAGAACUUGUCACGCUACAAUUUACAUGUCCAGCGGAAAAUUAUGACAAGUUGAUUGAAAUCAUGUAUAAUAUAUUCUAUAAUGUCGAGUACAGUAAAGAAAUUCUGACCAACCACGUUCAGUCACUGCUUAACUCUUUUUCAAAGAAGAAGCGUUCAGCGAAGACAUUACUGAAGCAAUUGUCGAAUUAUCUAAAGGUGGAUAAUGGGAGCGUGAGGUACCUGUGUAGCCUAGGACAGCAGGAUCAAAUGUUCAAGAAUAUAAUGUCAGAACCAGGUGGAGCAGAUAGACUGGAGAAGGAAUUGAGGAAAUUGCACCAGAAAAUAUUUAACACUGAGAACAUUUCAGUCCACAUCACAGCAGACUUGAGUAAAUUGAAAAAGAACUGGUUGGAUUUCUGGGUAAACCUUGGAGAAUCUGGUUGUAAAAAUGAGUAUAACCAUGAAAUUCGAUUCUGGGAAGGUGGAGAAAAGAUGGUGUUGAACGAAUAUUUCGGACUUAAAUAUGGAAAAGAUAAGAAAUUGAAGAAGGAAACCGGGGUUUUAUCAUCGUUGGCAUCAACAGAUGUGUCAUAUUUCUGUGUGACUGUGCCAGCUCCAUACGGAUACAACCACGAAGAUUAUUUUCCACUGUUAACCGCAUGUGAAUAUUUGACAAUGACUGAAGGGUCAGUGUAUAGAGCAAUAAGAGGAGGAGGAUAUGCAUACCAUCAUAGAUUUUCAUACUCUCCAUCCCAAGGAGAAAUACAGAUGUUCAUAACAGAAGCAACUGAUUUAGUGAUGGCACUAAAAGUUACGAGAGAAUGUUUGUGCAAGUACACAGAACCGGAAUCAGAUUUAGAAAAGGAAUUGUCAGCAGCAAAAUCAAGCUUAAUAUAUAGAAUAUUGAGGUAA